GUGAGAUAGGCAAAGAUGGAGAAGAACGACGCAUUGGCUCUCCUCCCCCUCGGCCAAAUGGGCCACAUAGUUCCCAUGAUCGAGCUAGCAAAGCGCCUCCUUCACCAUGGCCUCUCCAUCCACAUCUUCCUCCUCCAACUACCCUUCCUCAACAAUCAUCCCAUCAACUCCUACAUCUCCAACAUCAAAUCCUCCCACCCCUCCAUCUCCUUCCACCACCUCCCCAUCAUCACCCUACCCUCCCUUUCCCCAACCCCGCUCGACGACCUCGUACAAACUCUCAAACUUUCCGUGCACCACCUUCUUCGCCAUCUCCAUUCCUCCUCAUGUUCCUUUCGCGCCCUUAUCGUAGACUUCCUUUGCGGACCAAUUGUGUGUGAUAUCGUCGAAGAGCUCCAACUUCCCUUGUACAUUUUUUGUCCAAUCAAUGCCUCCGCCCUCUCGGCUUUGCUCUACGUCCCCACCCUCCUCUCCCAAUCUGACACCAAAUUCGACGAGCUUGGUGAUGCCCCACUCCACUUGGCAGGCCUCUCAUAUCCCAUCCCAGCUUCUUACUUUCCGGAAUUCAUGUUCGACCGCACUAAUGAGGCGAGUAAAGAGAUGCUCGCCUCGUUCGCCCUUGUGCCCAAGCUAGCGAAGGGUGUCCUUCUCAACAGUUUUGAGGCUUUGGAGCCCCAUGUGAUUCAUGGUGUUGCAAAUGGCUUAUGCUUCUCGAGUUUUGAAAUGACCCCGAUCUAUUGUGUAGGGCCCAUAACAAGGAGCAGGUUAGCUAGCGAGCCACGUCAUGAGAGCUUGGUGUGGCUAGACGAGCAGCCUAGUGGGAGUGUGGUGUUUCUUAGCUUUGGAAGCUUGGGGGCCUUUCCGGAGGCACAACUUAGAGAGAUUGCGAUCGGGCUUGAGCGUAGUGGACAGAGAUUUUUGUGGAUUGUGAGGGGCCCGCCAGUGUCUGGAGGGGUUAAGGGUGGUGUAAUGCCGUGGACAGAGCCAGAUCUCAAGACAUUGAUGCCUGAUAGGUUUGAGGAGAGAACAAGGGAGAGGGGAAUUUUGGUGAGGUCAUGGGCUCCGCAGGUUGAACUGUUGGAGCAUGAGGCAGUUGGUGGGUUCGUGACUCACUGUGGAUGGAACUCUGUGUUGGAGGCCUGGGUAGCUGGGGUGGCGAUGAUUGCGUGGCCGCUUUAUGCGGAGCAAAAGAUGAAUAAGUUGUUUCUAGUGGAAGAAGCGGAGGUGGCGAUCGAGAUGAGAGGAGAUGAGAAUGGGUUUGUGGUGGCCGAGGAGGUGGAAGAGAGGGUUAGGUGGUUGAUGGAUUCACAAGGUGGGAGAGAGCUGAGUAGGAAAGUGGAGGAUGUAGGGAAGAAGGCGAGGGAUGCGAUAAUGGAUGGAGGGACGUCUCAUGCCGCCAUGAUUAAGAUGUUGCAAUGCAUGAGAGGUGGUGAAGAAGAUGGUGGACGACAACACUAAGAUAGUUGUGGG